GCCAGCGAUCGGAAUAAUAGGCCCGCAUCCACAUUCCUAUCCUUUGCACCUACUGUGUUAUCCUGAUUGAUUCUUAUCUCUCUCCUGAAGUCGAGUCUACCGCGUCCUUCGUUCCCCGUCUUGUCCACGGUGCAAGCUGCGAGCUCUGGGAUCCGCGCUCUGCCCCCCCCCUUUCCCCCGUGGCAUCGGUGUUGCUGCAUUGCCCGUUACGCGAAAGGGGUUUUGUGUAUGGACGGACACGUCUAGAAUCACAAAAUGACUACUCCCAGCGACGCAUCGUCAAUCACGGUAUCGGUCCGGGUGCGACCGUUCACCAUUCGAGAGGCCGCCCAGUUGUCCAAAUGCGAUGAUGGCCCUUUAUUCCUCGGCGACGGGUCGCUGGCGGGUGUGCCGACGCCGAAGCUGAACCAGAAGGGCCUAAGAUCAGUCAUCAAGGUGAUUGAUGACAGGUGCCUGGUUUUCGACCCCCCCGAAGACAAUCCCGUGCAGAAAUUCUCCCGAAGCGUGGUUCCAAAGGGGAAGCGCGUCAAGGAUCAGACGUUUUGCUUCGACCGUAUUUUCGACCAGAAUGCCUCGCAGGGAGAGGUGUACGAGUCUACGACGCGGACUCUCCUCGACAGCGUGCUUGACGGGUACAAUGCAACGGUUUUUGCGUACGGUGCGACUGGGUGCGGAAAGACCCAUACAAUCACCGGAACUGCUCAGCAGCCGGGUAUUAUUUUCAUGACGAUGCAGGAGUUAUUCGAGCGUAUCGACGAACGGGCCGGAGAGAAAACGACCGAGAUAUCGCUGUCCUACCUGGAAAUUUACAAUGAAACCAUCCGUGACCUGCUUGUUGUGGGUGGAAGUAAUAACAAGGGAGGCUUGAUGCUGCGGGAGGACUCGAACCAGUCGGUGUCAGUGUCGGGACUGUCGAGCCAUCAUCCACAAAACGUGCAGGAGGUGAUGGACAUGAUCAUGCGGGGAAAUGAAUGCCGGACAAUGUCUCCCACGGAAGCCAACGCGACAUCCUCCCGAUCUCACGCCGUGUUGCAGAUCAAUGUCGCUCAGAAGGACCGUAACGCGGAUGUCAAUGAGCCUCACACCAUGGCUACCUUGAGUAUCAUUGACUUGGCCGGCAGUGAGCGGGCCAGCGCAACGAAGAAUAGAGGCGAGAGAUUGCUGGAAGGUGCCAACAUCAACAAGUCCCUGCUGGCCCUGGGCAGCUGUAUCAAUGCGUUGUGUGAUCCCAGGAAGCGCAAUCAUGUCCCUUACCGCAACUCCAAGCUGACCCGCCUGCUCAAAUUCUCGCUCGGCGGCAACUGCAGGACAGUCAUGAUCGUCUGUGUCAGCCCUUCGAGUCAGCAUUUUGACGAAACGCAGAAUACGCUGCGUUAUGCGAACCGUGCCAAGAACAUCCAGACCAAGGUCACCCGGAACGUGUUCAACGUGAACCGACAUGUCAAGGACUUCUUGAAGAAGAUCGAUGAACAGAUGGCCUUGAUCAACGAACUCAAGGCCCAGCAGAAGGAGUCUGAAAAGAUCGCCUUUGCUAAAUUUAGGAAGCAGAACGAAAAGAAAGAACAAGUUGUCCGGGAGGGCAUCUCUCGCAUUCGCAGCGCAUACGACCACUCGUUGCCUGAACGGCAGGAGAAGACCGCCAACAUGCUUAAAUUACGACAGAUCAGCCGCCGCAUUGGCAUGCUCUCAUCUUGGAUUGCGGCUUUUGACGGUGUGUGCGCCAGCUGCGAGAGCCAAGAGUCACUGGUGAACCUGCAAGCGAUUCGCAAGUCUGCCCAGGGUAUCCUUCUGGAGCUGGAGGGUAGUAGACAGCACUAUCACCAGAAGCUGUCGAGAAGCAACUGGGACCGGGGGAUUAUUUCGGCCGUGGAUAAUACCGUUCGCCAGCUGCAGGAGUUCGACAUGAACGACAAGAGUGAUUUUGCCAAUCUGAACCGGGAGGCAGAGCUCUUGAAAUCAAACGCCGAGCGUGAAGCACUUACGGCCGUCGCGGAUCAGGACAAGGCCGGCGAUGCGGCUACCAUCCAGCUGCUCCUUCAGGCUCAAUUCGAGACGAUCGCUGCGAUUGAAAACAUCAUGGAUUUGACCGAAGACGAGGCCAUCAAUCAAGGCAAGAAGAUUCUGGUCAAGAUGCUCGAGUCUUGCUCCAGUGCCGUCACCAAUGUGGUCAAGCCCGAUGGCAAUCUCCCGCCAGUUCCAACCUUCAGCCCCGUCAAACCCUCACAUCCUAGGCCCAAAAAGAGGGUCAGUCUCAUUGCUAUCCCCUCCGCGAAGGGAUUCAGCCCCCCCGUGACGCUGAACCCCAGUGGGUCGGUGUCUCCCGUCAAGGGGUCCCCCCGGCGCCGUAAAUUCGGUUCGUCAGCGCGGAAGAGCGUCAGCUUCACACCGAAGAAGAGUCAAGCCAAAUCCAGCAAGAGAUCUGUGCGUUGGAAGGACGACGAGCAGGAUGGAUCAUUGGCCGAAUUCCAAAAGACGCCUCAAAAGGAGAGACCGGCCGAGCGCAGCAUUCGGGAAGAGAGCCCCAGCGAGCUACCCUUGCCGCGAGCCUCGCCCAUCCCACGAUCAAUCCCCCUCCCUACACGGAACGCGAGCCCUUCACUAGAUUCGUCUCCUAUCCCGGCACCACCUGCCGAGCCGAUGCUGCAUGUCGCCAAGAACGGGAGCCGGUUCAAGGCUGGGUUUUUGAGCAAGAAAACCAGCAGUUCGCCGCUAGCGCCGCCCCCUUCGACCAGCAUUCCGCUGUCCGACCAUGGCGGCUCCCCGCUUCGUGACAUUGAAGGGAGUAGCUUCUUGAACCGCUCCCCGUUUGAUCGCCCGUCACGAAUCGCCGUCCGCACCGCCAGCAGCGGGAGCUACACGAGCAGUCCCGUUGCCGACAGCAAGGACACCAGCUGGAUGGCCAACAAGGACGACGCGAUCAAGAUCACCUCGGCGAUGCGGCGGAUUUCAGGCGUGCAACCUGGACAGACGGCAUCCAGCGCGAUGCGCGCGCACCGCCGACGCAGCCCGACGGCGAACGCGUACGGCACCUCACCCAGCGAAAACACCAUGUUCACGGCAUCCCAGGCGCGCCGGAUGGUCAAGGGCGAGAAGGACAGUAGCGAUGGCCGACACAGCGUGUUGAGCGCGCAGAACCUGCCUGUCAUGAAGAACACGGGUCAACGCCGCACGACGCUGGGGGGUGAGAUCCGCCAGCGCGACGUCAGCUUCACCGGUCGCGAUGCCAUCCGACUCAGUGCCGUUGCCGCUCCGAGCGUCGACAGGUAGUCGAUACUUCUCCUUCUCCUUCUCCUUCUUCCCCUUCUUCUCCUUCAUACAUUUAUCCCUUUCCUUCCUCAUUCAUUCUAUUUCGGGUACUUUUGCGACAGGAUGGGAAUGGGGCGUUCUGGCAAUACUUUUUCUUCUUCUCUUGACAUUUUUAGAGAUACUUCUGGCUGGUCCGCUCUGGACAUGUUGAUUUUUCCGGUAAACAUAUUAUUUAAGAAUGUACAAUACAGAAAUCAUGACAAUCAGCCUUCUGGCACGAAG